AGGCAAACUUAUGUCCGUGCUCAGCCACAUAUAAAGCUCCACCUUUUUCGUUUCACUUUCAUCUCCAUGGCUGCUUUACUUUCCCCGUCGCUAAUGACACCCGCAAGACGGUUCGUUCUUGCCAUCCUCGUCAUUGUUUUAUGUCUUCAUUUCAUGCUUUCACUCUUCCUCAACGAUUAUCAUCCUAUACCCCCGGCCAUCAACUCUAUCACUAAUAGUCUUAGUCUCGUCCACGAAAAGAACUCUACUCUCGACUAUCAUUCCUCGCACAACAUCUUUCUCAACUCUACAACCACAAGAGCAAACGCUACUUUCGUAUUGUUAUGCAGGAAUACCGAUAUCAAUGGUGUUGUUUCAAGCAUACAAUCAGUGGAAGAUCGCUUCAACAAAAACUACAACUAUCCAUGGGUCCUUUUGAACGAGGAACCUUUCACCGACGAAUUCAAAGAACGUGUCAACAUCAUGACACGGUCCCCAGUUUCUUUUGGUUUGAUACCCAAAGAACAUUGGUUUCAACCUGACUGGAUCGAUGAAGGCCGAGCAAGAGCAGGACGCGAAAAGAUGAUGUCUCAGGGCAUCAUUUAUGGCGGGAGCGUUCCAUACCGUAACAUGUGUCGCUUCAAUUCGGGGUUUUUCUUCCACCACGAACUAUUACAGCCUUAUCGGUACUAUUGGAGAGUAGAACCUGACGUCAAAUUUUUCUGUGAUAUUCCGUACGACCCGUUUACCUACAUGCAAGAACACGACAAGAUCUACAGUUUUACUAUAGCCCUUGUUGAAUGGGAAGCAACAAUACCCACCUUCUGGAAAACUGUGAAAGAAUUCAUGAAGGAAUAUCCGCAAUAUGUGGAUUCCCACAAUGCUAAGGACUUUCUGACGGAUAACGGCGAUAACUACAACCUGUGCCAUUUCUGGAGCAACUUUGAAAUCGCAGAUAUGGAUUUCUGGAGAGGAGAAGCGUACCAAACAUUCUUCAACUAUUUGGAUUCGAAAGGGGGAUUUUAUUAUGAACGAUGGGGAGAUGCACCUGUACACUCAAUAGCCGCAGCACUGUUUGCCCGACGUGACCAGAUUCACUUCUUCCGAGAUAUCGGUUACAGACAUGAAUCACUACAACAUUGUCCUUCUGGAGAUAUCUGGAAAGAUGGCCGGUGUAGCUGUGACCCCAAUGACACUUUCGACUACCAUAUCAACUCGUGCUUGGGCAGAUACGAGCGACUCUUCACUUGAACCCAAAUCUAAUUAUUUUGCUUAUUCUUAUUCCAUCUGCUGCGCUGUGCAUAUCAACGAUCCUGAUUCAAAAAUAAAUAAAUAAUUUUGCAUACUCACUUCCUGGAAUAACCUCACAUAGAAUGUAUUUGUAGAUUUUGAUAACAAUACAAAUGUAUCUAUUCUUGAAGGAAGGUGCUAUUAUUGAAAUUACUCGGUA